AUCGAGCCACUAUUUCUCCUUUAAAGGAGUCAGUUGGUUUUAUUUUUAAGGCUACACCCACUAACAGAAAGUUUGUGCAUUCUCCAGAAUCCUUUCCUAUCCAUUACUCUCCAUUCAUUUGGGGGAACAAAAAUGAUCCUGUGGCUAAACCUGGUGUCCUUACUAGCAGUCCUCAGAGGUGUUCGAUCUGAGGUUCAGUUGGUGGAGUCUGGAGGGGAUGUGACAAGACCUGGAGGGUCCCUCCGUCUCUCCUGCCAAGCCUCUGGAUUCACCAUCAGCAGCUAUUACAUGAGCUGGGUGAGACAGGCUCCAGGGAAAGGCCUGGAAUGGGUGGCAAGUAUAUAUUCUUCAUAUAUUUACUACUCUGACAAAGUGAAGGGUCGCUUCACCAUCUCCAGAGACGAUGCCAAAAGCCAGCUGUAUCUGCAGAUGAACAGCCUCAAAGCUGAAGACACAGCAGUCUAUUACUGUGCGAGAGACACAGUGAAAGGAAGUGAAUCUGGAGCUUGGCAAAAACCUGCCAUUCAUCAGAGCAGCCCUGCCAGUCCAUUCAGCCCCAGAAGAGAGCUCACUGAAACUCCUUUCAUUUUAGGUGUCCGAUCUGAGGUCCUGUUGGUGGAGUCUGGAGGGGAUUUCUUGUGUACAGGAAAGCUCACUGAAACCCCUUUCCUUUUAGGUUUUCAAUCUGAGGUUCUGUUGGUGGAGUCUGGAGGGGACAUGAGAAGCCCUGGAGGAUCCCUCCGUCUCACCUGCCAAGCCUCUGGAUUCACCUUCAGCAGCUAUGUUAUGAACUGGCCAGUAAGCUUUUCAGCUCCUUGGAGAACACUGCAACACCCACCAACACAAAGUUUGUGCAUCCUCCAGAAUCCUUUCCUAUCCAUUACCCUCCAUUCAUUUGAGGGAGCAAAAAUGAUCCUGUGGCUAAACCUGGUGUCCUUACUAGCAGUCCUCAGAGGUGUCCGAUCUGAGGUCCUGUUGGUGGAGUCUGGAGGGGAUGUGAGAAGCCCUGGAGGGUCCCUCCAUCUCACCUGCCAAGUCUCUGGAUUCACCUUCAGCAGCUAUGGAAUGCACUGGGUUAGACAGGCUCCAGGGAAAGGACUGGAAUGGGUUGCUAGAACUGGCGAUUAUUACUCAGACAAAGUGAAGGGACGCUUCACCAUCUCCAGAGACGAUGCCAAAAGCCAGCUGUAUUUGCAAAUGAACAACCUCAAAGCUGAAGACACAGCAGUCUAUUACUGUGCGAGAGACACAGUGAGAGGAAGUGAAUCUGGAGCUUGGCAAAAACCUGCCAUUCAUCAGAGCAGCCCUGCAAAUCCAUUCAGACCCAGAAGGCUUCCUCCUAAUUGUCAGGAGGAGGACAGAGCUGAUAUUGGUAUUGCAGUGUUAGAGCAUUUUCCAAUUGAAAGGGAAAAAAAGAAAAAAACAGGAAACCUCACCAAAGAAAAUCAACUGAGUAAUUAAACAGGAAAAAUAAAAAGCCUCCUGAAUGAUAGCAAUGACAAAAUGCUCACAGGUUCUGCUUUCAAAAAA